GUUCCUAGGGAUGCGCAUCCGGGUCACGCUAGCGCCGCGGUUUCCUUUACUGUGUUGGUUCCACUGUGGGUCUGGACCGGUCCUCAUGUCUUGUUGUGGGGUAUCAGCAGUCUUUGGAUUGUGAAGACUGCAGAAAGAAACUUGCAAUCCAGGCACAUAAGUACAAUAAGGAAAUAAUAGUCCUCAUGGAAGAAGAGCAAGAUUUACCAGAGCAACCAGUGAAAAAAGCCAAGAUGCAGGAACCAGGAGAGCAAACUUUAAGUCAAGUAAGCAACACAGAUGUCAGUGAUCAGAAACCUGAAACAUCAAGCCUUGCUUCAAACCUUACCAUGUCAGAGGAAAUUAUGACAUGCACCGAUUAUAUCCCUCGCUCAUCUAAUGAUUAUACCUCACAAAUGUAUUCUACAAAACCUUAUGCACAUAUCCUGUCAGUUCCUGUUUCGGAAACUGCUUACCCUGGGCAGACUCAGUACCAAACAUUGCAGCAGUCUCAACCCUAUGCUGUCUACCCUCAGGCAACCCAAACAUAUGGACUACCUCCUUUUGGUGCAUUGUGGCCAGGUAUGAAAUCUGAAAGUGGUUUAAUUCAGACUCCAUCUCCAAGUCAACACAGUGUUCUUACCUGCACUACAGGGUUAACCACAAGCCAGCCAAGCCCAGCACAUUAUUCUUACCCCAUUCAAGCUUCAAGCACAAAUGCCAGCCUUAUAUCCACUUCAUCUACAAUUGCCAAUAUUCCUGCAGCAGCUGUUGCCAGCAUCUCAAAUCAGGAUUAUCCCACCUAUACUAUUCUUGGUCAGAAUCAAUACCAGGCCUGCUACCCCAGCUCUAGCUUUGGAGUUACAGGGCAGACUAACAGUGAUGCUGAGAGUGCCACAUUAGCAGCUACCACAUACCAGGCAGAGAAACCCAGUGUUAUGGUGCCUGCACCGGCAGCACAGAGACUUUCCUCUGGAGACCCUUCUACAAGCCCAGCUUUGUCCCAGGCUACACCAAGUAAAGAUGCUGAUGAUCAGUCCAGGAAAAACAUGACUAGCAAAAACCGGGGCAAGAGGAAAGCUGAUGCCAGUUCUUCCCAGGACAGUGAAUUGGAACGGGUAUUUCUGUGGGACUUGGAUGAAACCAUCAUCAUCUUCCAUUCUCUUCUUACUGGAUCCUAUGCCCAGAAAUAUGGAAAGGACCCGACAGUAGUGAUUGGUUCAGGUUUAACAAUGGAAGAAAUGAUUUUUGAAGUGGCUGAUACACAUCUGUUUUUCAACGACUUAGAGGAGUGUGACCAGGUGCAUGUGGAAGAUGUGGCUUCUGAUGACAAUGGCCAGGAUUUGAGCAACUAUAGUUUCUCAACAGAUGGUUUCAGUGGCUCCGGAGGCAGUGGUAGCCAUGGUUCCUCUGUGGGCGUCCAGGGAGGUGUGGACUGGAUGAGGAAACUGGCUUUCCGAUACCGAAAAGUGAGAGAGAUCUAUGAUAAACAUAAAAGCAACGUGGGUGGCCUCCUCAGUCCCCAGAGAAAGGAAGCAUUGCAGAGAUUAAGAGCAGAAAUCGAAGUUUUAACAGAUUCCUGGUUAGGAACUGCAUUAAAAUCUUUGCUUCUCAUCCAGUCCAGGAAGAAUUGUGUGAAUGUUCUGAUCACUACCACCCAGCUGGUUCCAGCUCUGGCCAAGGUUCUUUUAUAUGGACUAGGAGAAAUUUUUCCUAUUGAAAACAUCUAUAGUGCUACCAAAAUUGGAAAGGAGAGCUGCUUUGAGAGAAUUGUGUCAAGGUUUGGAAAGAAGGUCACAUAUGUAGUAAUUGGAGAUGGACGAGAUGAAGAAAUUGCUGCCAAACAGCACAACAUGCCCUUCUGGAGGAUUACAAACCAUGGAGACCUAGUGUCCCUUCACCAGGCUUUGGAGCUUGACUUUCUCUAAGAACUGGAAUAUAGAACCUUCCUCAUGAGCUCUUUUUCACUCCUGAAGGGAGCCAGAGGCCAGAAACAACUGGGAACUUCCUCGAUGUCUCUUCUCUCUGUCUCUUUGUCUCUGUCUCUCCCCUUUCUCCUCCCCCAUGGAAUGCUGGCGAGAACACAAUCAGAACCAACAACUGCAAUUUUUGCUAUGAGUGAGCCACAGCCCCAUGUCCAUGCUUGUAAAGGCACAAGAGACAGUUGGAUAGCGAGAACAGAUUUACUGCAGCUACAGUGCUUUUAAUUCUUCUGGGUUUUGUUUCAAAAAAUGAAGAAAAAGAAGGGAAUUCUUGGGGCCCAGUUGUGUGGUGGAUGGGUAAAUGCAGCAGAUUUAUAAGAACCUCUCUUAGCUGUAGAGCUUCUUUCCAUUGAGUGGGUAUGUUAUUUUUAUAGGUAAGGGCCUGGUCUCUGAAGCAGGCGCCAUCCCACACACACAUAUACACACUUUUUUUCCUAUCAAGAAAGGGGCAUGUAAGGUUUCCAUGGAAGUCAUGAUUGAAAUAUCUAAAAUACCUCUCUGGCAGUAGCAUCCCCCUCAGCUGCUCAGUGCUCCCCUGAAGAGUGAUUCCUUUCCAUCUGUGAGGCACUGGACACCGACUGGUAUCUCCCAUCCUAGAAGCUUCAGUGUCCUGGCCAGUCGUUCUUCCCCUCUAACCAAGUAGCACAACCCUGGAAACCCCUUCCCUUCAGCAGUAAAUUCUAAGCCUUCUUCUAACUAAUUCAGUGGCUACAUUCCAUGUGACUCAGCCUCCAAUCUGGAAAGGAGAGACACAGGCUUCUUGGGAAUUUCAACUUCCUUGGCUCUUGAAACAAGAAGAUUCCACUUAACUCCUCCUGCAGAGAAGCCCCCUUUUCUUCCCUUUUCAUCAGAUGCCCUUGGUACCUCUCAUCCACCUCCAUGCAGCUGCCCAGUCCCUGCCCAUGGUACUCAAGAAGUCAAAGUCUAAGAAUAGGCUUAGAACUACUUCCUUGGAGGAAGCCUUUCAGCCACAUGCAGGGUAUCCCAGGCAGUAUUUAUCCAUCAGUCUGCCUGGAACUGGACAGCAGAUAGCUAUAGUCAAAACCCAGAGUUUUACCUGGAACACUCCCCUUCUCAUAUCCCAUUCUGAAAUGGGAAACCAGAAGGUCAGAAAGACUUUUCCUGAUUUAAAUGAAGGUGCUGGCUCCCCUACUUCAUGCCUGCAAAGUUAACUCUGGGCCAAAUGUAGGAGUGUCUCUUAGCCUGGCCCCUGGGAAGUUUGGUGGGGACCUAGGCGCUAGUCCCAGCCUUCUAGCCAAGUUGUGUUUGUUGCAUGCCCCAUCCUCCAGGACUAACCUGGGUACCUGCUCAACAGUCAAAUUUCCCCAGAAUUGGGGAAGAUGCAUCCUUGGUCCUCAGUAGCAGGAGUCCUUGACCAACCUCAGCUGUAAUCACUUGUCCCCAGAGAUACUGCAUACCCAUCUCCAGAGAUGUGGCACAAAGAGACAAGGUUCCUUUCAAUGCCGGGUCAUCCACAUAGCCAUGGAGAAGGGCUGGCACGUGCAGUCCUUCAGAACGGAUGGGAAAUACUUUGCAACCUACAGUUAGGAAGGGUUGGGAGUGGAGCUGAAAUUUGUGCUCCAUCACUAGGCCACCUCUUUGGCCUUGUUCUCAGGCAGAGGUGGGAAGAGGGAGGUAGAGUCUGAGGCCAGCCUUCCUGGUCUGUAUUCAGCACAGCUGCCAGGUGCUGCCCACCAUGCUUGGUCCCCCUCGGAAAGCUCUGGGAUGGAUUUUGCGUUCGUGCCUCAACACCCCCUUCCCCCCACUCCCCUGACCCCAUUGCCAUUACAGCUGUUUAUGUUUCUUGCCCUGGGCUUCAGGCUUGUGAGGCGUAGCAUGGUACCCAUACACUCACAGAUAUACACACUGCUUGGAGGCUCUUAAGAGUAUGACUUGGACUCCUUUUCCAAUGGCCUUUUCCCUCUUAUCUCGACUGCCCAGUUUAGCUCUUUACAAGAACUUGGACUUGGCCAAGAAAGGCAAGGAGGAGGUCUGAGCAGAGGAGCUUCUCCUUUCUAGUGGUUGCCACCCUCAUUCAGAGGAUAGACUGAAAAAAGGAGCUUCUGGAUCAUCUCUGCUAACAAAAAUUUUCCAGGGAACUCUGCCCUUCUUACCCUCUUAUAUUCCCUGUACAAAGACCUGGAAAGCAUCAAGAGCUGUUGGAAGCUGGGGCCAAAUGAUAACUGUUUAUCCUUUCAUUGAGGAGGACCCCCUUACUGGAAAGAGUGCCCAUGAAAUUAGCCAGAUGAGUCCUACCCCCACUGGGUACUGUGAUCUGGGCAUCUCAUGGUGAUGUCUGUUUCUAGGGGUGACUGGACUUUGGAAUGUAAAACUGAUCGUGCCUUAGCAUCACCCUGUCUAGUGCCCCGGGGCAGCUGGUGGUGUCCAGGAGUGUGGGUGCCUGCUCCAGAUUUAGAUGCCUCUUCCGGCUGUUGUUGGAUUUGGGGGUGUUCCUGUCUUCUCUGCAAGUUAGGGGGUAAAGCUAGUGUCCCAAGAGACUCCUACCAUGGCUUGUUUACAGUUUACACAAACUCAGCCUCACAGCUCCAGGUAGAAUCCAAUUGGCACACUUGACAAACUCCAGCACAGCGCUUGGAGCUCCCAGAUGCUCACUACCUUGAAUGGGUGUCAGUAUCACAAAACUGCCUGUGGCAGUGCUUGGCUCUGUCCUCUUGGCCUUCCUCUCCUCCCCAGGGGGUGCAUUUAGGGCCCCUCUUGAGCAGCCUUCUGUUUUUUCUACUAAAUUGGUUUCUUUUUCACUCAGAACUCCCCACAUACACACCAAAUCAGAAUUCCAAGAUUCUCAAAUAUCUUAACCACGGGAAGAAAAAUCUAGUUGUGUCCAGCCCCAUCAGCAGGCCACCUGUCCUUCCUCUGCUGAGUCAGCUCUAGCAAACAAGGCUCCUUGGUUAGCUCCUAAUGCACUGACAGGAGCCAUCCCAUUAAGGACGACUUCUGCUCCAAACAUGACUCUUCCCCCUCUGGACUUCAGAUGCCUCUUGUAGCAGGAAAAGGCAUUGACUGAAUCGGAUGUAUUUAUGUGACUGCGGGCAUUCAUGGCUGUAGAAUCCUUGACCAUAAUGAUCUAUGUAAUGGGAACUAUCUUAUAAACUUGAAAAAAUAAAGUUUUUAUUUUCUAUACAGUUUUCUCUCG